AAAAAAAAAAAAAACUUAGCCUUUGGACCUUAACUUCCACGUUAAUAUUUCCACUAGUUUUAAUGAUUUAUAUUAUCUGCACUCUUGUUCUUUAAGGUGACUAAAUUAUAUUUUCCAAACAUCAUCAAUCUUCGUGGACAUGGCAACAUCCUUGUCCACAACCACUCUACUUUCCUAUAGAAGAAACCCACAACACAUGUAUAUCCAACCUUGUUCAGUUAAAAAUGAAGUUUCAAGAACUAUGCAUGCUUCAGUCUCAAUAGACAGUUUAUCAAUCAAUGAAGAGAGUGAUAAAUGUUCAUCUUUGUUGGCGAACAGAAGAGCAAUUUUGGCUUCUGGAGUUUCCUUGUUGGGUUUUCCAGGAGUGAGUUUGGCUGUGGUGAAACAAGGUCUUUUAGCAGGGAGAAUUCCUGGUCUGUCUGAGCCAGAUGAACAAGGUUGGAGGACAUAUCGCAGGCCAGAUGAGAAAUCAGGAGGACAUGGUGUUGGAUGGAGUCCUAUUAUUCCAUACACCUUUAAAGUGCCUCAAGAAUGGGAAGAGGUACCUGUAUCAAUAGCAGAUCUUGGUGGAACAGAGUUAGAUUUGAGAUUUUCCAGCUCUAAGGAAGGACGUCUGUUUGUCAUUGUUGCUCCUGUUCUUAGAUUCUCCGAUAUUAUUGGUGAUGAUGCUACAAUAGAAAAAAUUGGACCUCCAGACAAAGUGAUCAGUGCAUUUGGUCCUGAAAUGAUUGGAGAAAAUGUGGAAGGGAAAGUUCUUAGUUCAAAUGUUGCAGAACAUGAAGGGAGAACUUACUAUCAGUUUGAGCUAGAGCCUCCUCAUAUUUUCAUUACUGCCACCGCUGCUGGCAACCGCCUAUACUUGUUUGGUGUAACCGGUAAUGGCCUUCAGUGGAAGAGACACUACAAUGAUUUGAAGAAGAUAUCUGACUCUUUUCGAGUUGUAUAAUUGGAAUUUCCAAUAAAUUGAAAAUAUUAAAUUUUCUUAUGUGUAGAAUAGUGCUGUAAUGCAGAAAUUUCCCACUACUUUUCCUGAUUGGGAUUUCUGUGAAUCAAGAGAUCAAAUAUGUAAAGUCUUUGUACCUUCAAUAUACCAUAACAGUUUUGUUA